GACACCUCUUGACUGGCUUGAGUCAUUGAGUGACACACUCGGCACUCGACGGUGAGUUGACAGUCAUAAUAAUAUAUUACAUAUUAUUAUAAUACAAUAAGACCACAGUUCGCGCUCGUCGGUCGAGUCGAGUAUCGGGUUGUACUUGAGUACUCUACAAGCCUACAACUCUCGUCGAGUGUCGUCGGUUCGUACCGUCGUAUCACUCCGUGCUCGUAUCUCUGCGGAGCGGCAGUAACACAAUUUUAUUGUUGUUUUGUUAUGACUUAAUAGUUGGUAAUUAUUAUUAUCGCUUCGGACGCUUCAGUAGUCGUCAGUGGCGAGUCGAACCGCUGAGCGUGCCAGCGGUGUGUGUGCGCUCGUUUUAAAUUUUAAUGUAUAAUAUUACAUUAUAAUAUACCUACGAAUUAAUAUUAUAUUGUUAUUAUCGUAUCGCAUUAUAAUAUUAUUGUGACCGUGUGCAAUUGAGCAGUUUAUUAUUAUUGCAUAAUUUUUAACGUCGUAGUACUUAAGGUAAAGUCCUUUGUUCGGUGCGUAUCGGGUUUAUAACGACGAUCAUAAAAAAAUGGCUGCAAUGCUCAAACAUUGAAUAAGCUUACACGGUUUGUGUCAUGUGCACGUCGGUACGUGUGGACAAUUCGGAAUGACCUGCUCGGCGGUGGGAAACAAACAUCGAAGGCGGUGGGAAAACCUACGACGGCGGUAAAGGAGAGGCGGUACGACGCGAAUACGCGAUAGCCUCGCCGACGACGAUUGCGACGGAACAACAACGGCGGAACAACAACGACGACGACCCGGACAAUGGUUUUUGUCGCGUUCCGUUGCCGCGUGGGAGAGUACGUAAGAACUGUGGAGGAUAACGACGAAGGCUGUGCGACGAAUUCUUCACGACCGUCGUUCCGGUGUCGCAUACGAUCGAUCGGGUGAACGUCGAAGCCAGUAAAUGUGACCGCAGAUUGAUUCUCGACAAUACAUGGCCAUGGAAACGCUUACAAGAGAUGUGCCAUCAAGUAUGCAACAUCACAAUAAUUCAUCUGUUUCAAAUAUGAAACAUAGUUAUGUUCAGCUGUCCAAAACAUGUUUAGAUGAAGACGCUCAAAUAAAUAAAAAAUUACCAAAAGAGCUUUUAUUACGGAUAUUUUCAUACCUAGAUGUUGUGUCAUUAUGCCGAUGUGCUCAAGUAUCUCGUGCUUGGAAUGUAUUAGCAUUAGAUGGAAGCAACUGGCAAAAGAUUGACUUAUUUGAAUUUCAGACUGAUGUCGAAGGUCCAGUAAUAGAAAAUAUAUCACGGCGGUGUGGUGGUUUCUUGCGACAAAUUAGUUUGCGUGGAUGUCAAUCUGUUGGGGAUGGCUCUCUGAAAACUCUUGCUCAGUGUUGUAAUUAUAUUGAAUAUAUAAAUCUGAAUGGAUGUAAGAGAAUAACAGAUAGCACUAGUCAAUCUUUAAGUCAAUAUUGUAAGAAACUAUUGUCAUUGGAUAUUGGUUCAUGCUCUAUGGUGACUGAUUUAUCUUUAAAAGCAAUUUCUGAUGGUUGCCCAAAUUUAACCAGUGUUAAUAUAUCAUGGUGUGAUGGUAUAACAGAAAACGGUGUGGAAGCCUUAGCACACGGUUGUCCAAAGUUGAAAUCGUUUAUAUCCAAAGGCUGUACAAGAAUGACAACACGAGCAAUCAGUUGUUUAGCACAACAUUGUGUAAAAUUAGAAGUUGUAAAUUUGCAUGGCUGCAAUAACAUUGAAGACGAAGCUGUGAUAAAGUUAGCCAACAACUGUAAUUCUUUGAAAUAUUUAUGUCUUGCAAACUGUUCUUUAUUGACUGAUAGCUGUCUUGUUUCCUUAGCUGAACAAUGCUAUCAGUUAAAUACAUUAGAAGUAGCUGGUUGUUCACAGUUUACCGACAUAGGAUUUUUGGCAUUAUCAAAAACGUGUCAUCUUAUGGAAAAAAUGGAUUUAGAAGAAUGUGUAUUUAUUACAGACUCAACUCUAUUUCAUUUAGCAAUGGGAUGCCCCCGGCUCGAGAAUUUGAGUUUAUCACAUUGUGAACUAAUCACUGAUGAAGGCAUCAGACAUCUGAGUACUUCAACAUGUGCAUCUGAACAUUUGGCUGUGCUUGAAUUGGACAACUGUCCUCUUAUUACGGAUGCAUCUCUAGAACACCUAAUUAAUUGUCACAACUUGCAAAGAAUAAUGUUGUAUGACUGUCAACUCAUUACCAGAAAUGGAAUAAAACGUCUUCGGACACACUCGCCUAACAUAAACGUGCACGCAUACUUUGCGCCUGUGACACCGCCGCCAUCCACUGGCAAUAGUCGCCAACAUUAUUGUCGUUGCUGCGCCAUAUUGUGAGCCUGGCUUGAAGGCCGGUCAUGCAUACGUGUGUGUGCUACUUGCCUGAAAUAUUUGGUGAACAUUUUGCAAUCAUUUGCCUGCUGUGUAUUAAAAUAUAAUAUUUAUUUUCUACCAUUCUUUUUUAUAAUCAUGAUGUUGUAUUGUUUAUUAUUAUAUUUAGUAUAUGUACAUAGAUAGUGGUUAUAUUUUAAGUUCUACAAAGAAAAUCUGUCCAUUUUGGACUGAUAUAUUAUACAGGUUUAUGUAUUAUGCUUGUGUUUGUAUAUGUGUAUAAACACAUGAAUAUGGUUCACUAAAUUAAAUGUGCCUGUAUUUUCCUUUUAAUAUUUUUAGUUGAAAGAAAAUUGUAGAUAUACAUGUAUAUGUAUAUUGAAUACACACUACAUCUUGUGUCUAUGAAUACUAUAACAGGACCUUAUGCAUAUUUUUAAAUUUAAUUUGAGGAAUAUGAAACUAGGCCAUCAAUUUCUCAGUCAUUUAUUGUAUUCUGCACAUGUGCAACACAAGUUAAUUAUUUUUCAUUAUGAGAACCCAUUUUUUAUCAAUAUCAUAUUUCCAUAUGUUGAAUUUUGUAGUAAGUUUUUUUAUCAUCAAGUACUCUAAAUCCAAAAUUAAUAGUUCUCGAAAGUUAUUUUGAGCUUUUAAAAAAUACAUACGUUAGUAAAAAUAAUAGUUCUUAGAAAUUUAUUUCCCAGUAAUCUAGUAAUAUUUCUAACAGAUAAAAUUUAAAAAUAUGCAUUAGAUACUUAGUAAUAGAGUGUUCCUUGAUACUGUUUAUGUAGUAUGUUUGUAGAAAAUACCUAUUUAUUGAAUAUUAAAAUUAAAUUCUAUAUA